AUGGUUCUAAGGUUAGGACCAUGUCAGCCAAGUAUAUAUGAAUUGGAAAACAAAUGUUUUCCUAAAAAUACUUCAAACAGAAGUUUUCAUUGCUCUUGGUACUCAAGAAAAUUAAUUGACAAUACCUAUGUGAAUAGGGAAUGGCUGUCAUACUCACCAAAGCUUGACAAAAUAUUUUGUUUGUAUUGCAUUCUUUAUAGUKCCAAAUCAWAUGAUGCUUGGAUAAAGAAUGGCUUCAACUACUGGAAAAAUGGUUUAAUGUGUAUAAUCAAUCAUGAAGUAUAUGAAACUCAUAUUAUGGCUUCACUAAAAAUUAAAKUAAGUACACAUUGUUUACCUAUUUUACCAUCAUUAACUGAAGAACAUAAUCGUCAAGUCUCUUUCAACAGAGAUGUUGUAAAACAAUUAAUAGAGAUAACUAUAUUUUUAGCAAAACACAAUCUAUCUUUUAGAGGACGUCAUGAUGAAUGCUGA